AUGACCUUUGGCCUCAGCCGACGCCUGCCUGCAUGGAUGGAUGAUGGGAUCGGAAUUCCGGAAUUCAUUGAGACCAUGGAGGACUCUGCAAACCCGAGACUGUUUGCCCAGAACAUUUUGGGCUUUCUGGAUGACAUCCGGAAUAUUCCCGGGAUGGAACACCUGGGCCGAUUGCCCCUGGUUGCCUCUGAUUGGAGGCGAUUGGCACAGAGGUGUGAUGAAAUUCUGCAAUUUCACUUCAGGACAGCGCGGAAGCCACCAGCAGAAUUUUAUGCAGAUCUUCUGGACACGUAUGCACGCAUUCGUACCCGCACGUGGUAUCUGUAUGUGGAUGCUUCUUUAGCACCGACGCCGAUGUAUCACCAGAUUCGGAGCUGA